AUGAUGAAAAUGAAGAAUUUUCUUGGUUCUAGAUUAAAGUCUUCCUCUGCAAGACAAGGAAAUUCCGAGAAGGAUAGCUUGACGUCCAAGCUAAGUGUUAACGAGGAGUACAAGGAAGCUUUCAGGACGAACUCCUACUUAGAGAUUCGGACUAAAGCAGAAGAUCAAUUAGGCAUAACAUUUUGUAGCAAACUCUCUUCUCCUUCUUCUUCUUCUUCUUCGACGACUUCUCCUUCAUCCUCAGAUCUUAGCUUCCAUUCACACUUCACCGAUUACUUGCUCGACCCUCCACAAGAAACUCUCGAUGCUCUGAUGCAAGACUCGAGUUUCCACAAUCUCCUCGUUAAAUUCUUCGACUUUAGCUCCGAAGCUUGCGAUGUGUGUGAGUCUCUUCUUCAAUGCAUCCAACAAAUCAAAAUCAAUCACAACAAAAUCAAAAGGGUUAUCAAGAUUGGGAAAAGGGUUUGUAACGGUGCUAAAACCGCUGAAUGUUCCCCUGAAAAGCUCUGCGCUUUGAUAUUUCAAGAGCUUUCAAGAUUCGCCUUGCUGAAAAACCCUUUGUGUUGUAUCAUCAACGAAUCUCAGUUCCGCAAAGUUCAUGAUGCAAACUCGGAAUUGCUCGCCAGAUUGACAUCGAAAAAGAGAAAAAUCAGAAGAAAAGUCAGGUUCAUUAGAUGUUGCAAGAAGCUAGGAGGUUAUAGUCUAGUGAUUUCUCAUAGCGCGAUUGUUAUUACAUUGCUGAUCAUAGCAUUACACAGCAUACUCGGCGUUUUAGCAGCUCCUGCUUUGCUCGGUUUAUGCUCUUUGGGUCUUUGGAGGAAGAAGAAAGUGAAAAGAAACAUGAAGAAUAGGAGCAAGACCCAUACGACGCUAGAGAAGCUUGGGACACAAAUGGACAUUGCAGCUAAAGGAAUGUUCAUUUUGAUAAAUGAUUUGGAUACGCUGAGUAGACUUGCCGGGAGAUUAUGCGAUGAGAUAGAGCAUAGAAAAACCGUAGCUGCGAUGUGCGCAAAGAGUGGGAAGCUAGAAGUGUUAAAGGAAGGAUUGAGAGAGCUUAAUGGACAUGAAGAAAGAUUCUCACAGCAAUUGCAAGAGCUUGAAGAACAUCUCUUCCUCUGUUUCCACACUAUAAACAGAUCAAGAAGACUAGUGGUAGCGCAAAUCACAGGACCAAGUUCUUGA